CGAAUUAAAGCCAUAUUCUCAAACCGACUGCCAUGUCAAUCUAUCGAGGGUUUGCGAAGACAGGUGUUGCGCUAGCCUGCUUCCUCUCCGGCACAGCCAGCUGUUGUUGUCGGACUCGUUGUCACAGCUGUUAAAGGAAGAAAAUACACAGUUUUUGAGCUGCGGCUCGCAUACUGAGGACGGCAAGGCACGGGCAGCGGCAGCAAGCGUAGCACUUGCGCACCACAGCCGUCGAGGCCCGCACCCGUAUUCGCCAGACAUGACGGUGGUUGCGUUGGCCCUCAUUGCGCUGGCGGCUCUGAGCUGCCAGAUAGCAAAACUGGAGGCUGCAGAAGAGAAGCAGCAGUAUCUGAUCCCCUUUAUGUGGCACGGCCCCAACAACCAGAUCAAUGAGAUCAAGGAGGCCCUGGCGCUGGCAAAGAUUCUGGGCCGUACCAUCGUGCUGCCUGACCUCCAGGCGCAUCUGUGGACAGAUCAGAACAAGGAGCCCAUGCUGUUUAAGGAGCUGUUCGAUGUGGCGCACGUCAAGGCCAACGCGGACGCGGUUCUGAUGGCGGAACUGCCAGCGGCGCUGGGCCGGCCGGAGUGGGCGGGCGAAAUGGACGCGGCGCUGCUGCUGGUGCCACCAGACCAGCGCAUGGGCAAGGCGUCGCUGGCGUCGCAGUUGUUGAAGCCGGUGCCGGACAACAAGUGGCUGCAGUCGCCUGUGUCGGCUUGGCGCGGCUGCAGCCCGGAGCAGGUGGCGGAGCUGAAGCAGCUGGUUGCGCCGUACCAGGUGCUGGGCGUGCAGACCUUCCACGGCCUGGUGUACGGCAGCCAGUGGCUGGCGGGCCCCUUCCCGCUCGAGUGCGAGGACGAGUGCUGCCGCGCCUUCAAGCAGAUGGCGUCAUUCAUCCGCAAGAGCCCGGCCAUUUACGACAUGGCGAACACCUACAUCCAGGAGCGCAUGGGCGACAAACCCUACGUGGCUGCACACGUGCGCCCCUACCCCGACCCCUGCGUCAAGAUCUGGACGCAGAACGACACGGCCGACCGCACGGACAAAGUCAACCAGUACUGCAACAACGAAUACCUGCUGUACCGGUUCGCCCCCAGCAUCAAGCACCUUAUGACGGAAUACAAGAUCGACACGGCGUUCGUGAUGACGCACCCCAAGGUGCGGGAGGUUGUUCGGUCCAGCCUGGCAGCCGCCGGCAUCACCCCCUUGUUCAUGGAUCUGCCAGAUCUCAAGAUGCCCGCGGGCGACAAGGCCCUGUCCACGGGUCUGACGUUCUCGCUCCUGGCUAUGGUGGAGGAGGCGGUAUGCGCGCAGGCCAAGGCGUUUGUCGGGACAAAGGAGAGCAGCAUGUCUGCGACAAUCAUCCUCGAGCGCAUAGGACACGGCCUGGAUCUAAACGACUCCUACACCUUCUUCCGGAGGCUUGGCUACGAGGAGAAGCCCAUCACAAUCCCGGGCUGGUACAAGGCGACGAACAUUUCCACAGCGGGUUCCAGCAAGUGGCGGUCCAAGAUCCAGGAGCGCUUGCGGUUACACAGAGAGAAGAUGGCCGGGGGAAAGAGGAAGAAGGGCCCAGCAACGUAGCGACUGUCUAUGCGGGAGGGCUUGGGAUUAGGUCAACAGCCUGGCGCGUGAACUUGUGUUAGGGUGUGUGCAUCCAGACUGUUUAGGUAGGAUGUAGGAGGAGAUGGGCAUGGUGAUGACUAUUGAUAAUUAGGACGCUGUUUAGCCUUGUAGGCCCCCCUGCACGGACAGAGGCGUGCCAGGGGGCACAGCAGGCAGCGCACGCUUUUUUAAUUCUCAACUACCGUAUUCACUUCCGCCUCUUACUCCAGGGAUCCUUUGUAUCUAUUAUUGUGCAAAACCAAUUAGCAUAUGACAAAGGGGCACUAAAGCUCGAGUCCUUGUCCAUAUGUUUA